CUCGUGAUAGUGGUCCAAUGGUAUCCAAGUGGGAGCAAUUAAGUCUUGCACCUGACUUGUUGCGCUCCCUGAGCAAAUUUGGUGUGGGACCUCCCAACAAGAUACAGCAACGCGCGUUGCCCUUCCUUCUUCGUGGCGCUGAUAUUAUUGCCCAAGCCCCUCCUACACAGGAGCGUAUUGCUGCAUAUGUGAUACCUGCCAUACAGAUCGCUGUAGUCAACACUGCAGGUCGCCCAUCUAAUCGAGGACCAAUAGUCAUCAUGAUUUCUACCACAGUUGACCAGGCUACACAGGCCCAGCGGAUGAUUCGCGACCUUGGAGGACCCAUUGGUAUCAGGUCUGCUUUAGGAGUAGGUACAAGUACCGCUUCCAAUGAUCUGAACCAAGAGUUGCGUCUGCUCCAACAAAAUAUGCCACAUAUCAUUUGUGGGACACCUCAAAAAUUGCAUGCUCUGUUUACUGCUCCAGGUGGCCUUAUUGGCUCUGAAGUUCGUUUCCUCGUUUUGGACGAAGUUGAUCAACUGAUUGCGCGCAACCUUCACGAAUAUGUGUUCAAUAUUGUGAAGCUAUUGCCUCCUCCUCGGUCCCGCCCGUUAACAGGCACUCCCACAACCCCCGGGACUGGCUCUCAGCCUGGUUUUAAUUCGUUCGAUACUAACGGCACUAGUCCCUCGGUAUCUUUCCCCAACUCCAACCGCAGGUUCUCUGCUAUAUCUUCAUCUCCGACUGCGAAUGACUUGGCCAAUGGUUCCUCUGUUAUCGAACGUCAAACCGCGUUGUUUUCAAACACGGUUCCUCAGGACGUACUCAAUCUCGCGACUGCCAUCCAACUUAGGGAACCAGUUCGUGUACUGGUGCGGCGCGAUGGUAAUGUUACCCACACUGAUACCAGUCAGGGCUCUCGUGGCCUUCGUCAAUUCUACCUUUACUUGGCGUUUACUGCAGGCGGACGCUCAGAACCAUCUUUAACAAAUGCACCUGGUGGAGGCCUUGGAAUUAUAGGAUCUGGGCGGGGUGCCUCCAACGCUGAAAGUGCACAGGCUCGCGAGUGGAAGUUAGAUGCUCUAGCAGAUCUUUUUGAUGACGUUGAAGUUCCACAAGCUAUAGUGCAUGUGGGGGGAAUGACUGCUUUAGAUUCCGUUGUCUACAAACUAGCGAACCGUGGAUUGGAAGCUGUUCCCCUCCAUGGUGAUAUGAAUGCCGGGACUAAAUUGGCUGCUCUGAACAAAUUCAGGAGUUCCACUUCUGUCAUCAUGAGACAGCCCGUUACUAAAGUUCUGGUUGUCUAUGACGUCCAAGUAAAGACGCCAGAGGUCUCCCAUGUUCCUCUCAUUAUCAAUUACGACUUACCCAAAGCUGUCGAAGAGUACGCCCAUCGCGUCGCUCCUGCUAUUGCCUCUACCUAUGCCCGCGCUGGUGUCAUUGUCAACUUCGUGACUGCCGCUGGAGGCGAUGUUGAGAUGCUUCGCUCCAUAGAAUGUUUCUACAAGAUAAAAUGCCCCGAAGUUCCGAUGAGCCUACGCGACGUUGUUUAAAUCACGCUUCCAUGUUCUUGUAUCCCUAUUAACCCGGCCUCCGUUCAAGUUACCCGUCUGUUUUUGUUUAUUCCAUUGCGUACUUGCUAUAGUAUAUCAAGUUGCUUCGCGCAGUCCACUGUUGUAUACCCGUUUACUGCACCUCCUAUCCAGAAUUGUUUCCCUACUAGGUAGCUUUUGGCGCUUGCCAAUUUCUAACACAUUGUAUAGCAGAAUCUCAUUUCACUCAUUUUCCAUGUUGCGGAUAAUACUUUAAUCUACCCCGUAUGGACGAUCAAUAUCUUCAAUGUACCAUCUUCACUACAGGUU